CAAAGUGUCAAUCAAACAGCGGCGAGCCUUUGAAGUGGAGCAGCCGCCGCCGAGUCUGCAACAACUUCACUCCGAGCAGGAGAGCUAGCUCCUCGGCGUGCAUUCACUAACAAUUACCGCUCCUGCAAUUUAUUUACUUACUCCCAGACAGCGAGGGGGGCAAGAAGAAGGAGGAGAAGAAGAAGAAAGAGAGAGAGAGAGAGAGAGAAAAAGAAAUCAUACUUGCGACGGACUAACAACCCCCUCCUCCUUUCCCCACUCCUUUCCCCUCUCUCUCCGGACGAGUUGCAGCAAGUCGAUCACUUUAUAAAAAAAGGGGGGAAAAGGGGGCAUUUAAAAAAAAACAAAAUUAAAGAUGCCGCAGCUGAACAGCGGUGGCGGCGACGAUCUAGGGGCCAAUGAUGAAAUGAUCUCUUUUAAAGAUGAAGGGGAGCAGGAAGAAAAGAUCUCGGAAAACGCUUCUGCAGAAAGGGAUUUAGCAGACGUCAAGUCUUCAUUAGUAAACGAAUCAGAGACCAACCAAAACAGUUCAUCAGACUCCGAGGCGGAAAGGCGGCCGCCGCCUCGGCAUUCAGAAACUUUUCGGGACAAGUCCAGGGAGAGUUUAGAAGAAGCAAAGAGGCAAGAUGGAGGAAGUCUGUUCAAAGGCCCACCAUAUCCCGGCUACCCGUUCAUUAUGAUUCCCGACCUGGCAAGUCCUUACCUCCCCAAUGGAUCUUUAUCUCCCAGCGCGAGGACGUACCUGCAGAUGAAAUGGCCUUUGAUUGAUGUACAGGCAGGGAGCCUACAGGGUAGGCAAGGACUGAAGGAUGCUAGGUCCCCAUCUCCAGCUCACAUUGUUUCUAACAAAGUACCUGUUGUGCAGCACCCUCACCACGUUCACCCGCUAACGCCGCUGAUAACGUACAGCAAUGAACAUUUCACGCCAGGUAACCCUCCACCACACUUACCAGCAGAUGUGGAUCCCAAAACAGGAAUUCCUAGACCCCCGCAUCCGUCAGACAUUUCUCCCUACUACCCACUCUCACCUGGUACCGUUGGCCAAAUCCCCCAUCCACUAGGAUGGUUAGUACCACAGCAAGGUCAACCUGUUUACCCAAUCACAACAGGGGGAUUUCGGCACCCUUACCCUACUGCCCUCACUGUCAAUGCUUCCAUGUCAAGUUUUCUCUCUGGUAGGUUCCCCCCACACAUGGUUCCUCCGCACCACAGUUUACAUACAACGGGAAUUCCCCAUCCGGCUAUAGUCACACCAACUGUUAAACAGGAGUCUUCCCAGAGUGACAUCGGAUCCCUCAAUAACUCAAAACAUCAUCAGGACACCAAAAAAGAAGAGGAAAAGAAAAAGCCACACAUAAAGAAGCCUCUGAACGCAUUCAUGUUGUACAUGAAGGAAAUGAGAGCAAAAGUGGUAGCGGAGUGUACGCUGAAGGAGAGUGCGGCAAUCAAUCAGAUUCUUGGCCGACGGUGGCAUGCUUUGUCUAGAGAAGAGCAAGCGAAAUACUAUGAGUUAGCCAGAAAGGAACGGCAGCUUCAUAUGCAACUCUACCCAGGCUGGUCAGCACGAGAUAACUACGGCAAGAGGAAGAAGAGGAAAAGGGAAAAGCAGGCAGGGGAGACGAAUGAUCUGAGCGCUCCUAAGAAAUGCCGAGCGCGCUUUGGCCUUGAUCAACAGAAUAACUGGUGCGGCCCGUGCAGAUGCAAAUACUCCAAAGAAGUGUCGGGCAUUGUUCGGGCUAGACCAACAGAAUUUAUGGUGCAAACCUUGCAGUAUAUGGUGCUCAAAUUAAAAGCAAAUAUAAUGCAAGAUGCAGCAUGGACAAUUGCCAAGUGAUGGAUGAACAUCCGUGAGCUACUUACAGGCAAUUGCCAAUUGAUACUGGGAGGAUUUGUACAUUAACAGUAAUAAAUUGGUCACUUCCUUUAAAGGACUUUCAUCAUUUUGGCUAUAAUGAACUCUGCAGAUUUUUGUAUUGGUUAGUUCUUUGGAAAAUUAAUUUUCAAAUUGUAAAAUCACUUACUUGCUUAAAUUUAACAUAAAUAGUAAAACAUGAUCAGUAAGAAAUCAAGCAAAUAAAUACUAGGCGUUCUUCAAAUGAUUUUAAAUGCAUGUUUGUUUUCUUUAACACUAUUGAAUGCUUCGUAAUAAAAUUGUCUCUUUCUCAUUACAAAUACCCAACCUGACCUAGGGUUAGCAUGUCAGUUGAGGAAAUUUCUUCAAAAAUUGUUUUGAGUACGUUUAACUUGAUAUUCUUUAGGCCUUGCUACCGUAAUUAUGCUGUCUACAUAGCUAUUAAAUCAAGCUUUGGGUUUCCUGAAACAGUUUUAUCACCAAUUGUCCAUUCAGUCCUGUGCUUUUGAUAGUACGGGUGUGAGUACUCCAGUUUAUUUCAGUUAGCUAAUUGUUUUUGAAUCCAGGCAGGGUAAAGAAUCCAGGGACGAAGUAUUGGUGGGCUCUGAUACUGUAUGGAAGCACUAUAGUCAGUCACUACUCCAUCCCAGCAGUGUUGUCACCCAGUCCUACCCGAAUGGUUACUAGGCAGUGCUGUAUUAUUUGACAACUCAAAAUAGGGGUGGUCAAAUGUAUUCACACCCUUUUAAGCUAGUUCAGUUAGAUAAAGCCAACCAAAUUAUUAUAAACUGUAGAUUGAAACUUCAGAUCUUGCUUUUAAAAAAAAAACAUAACGUUUUGAAACUACCCAGUGGGCACAGAAAUUGGCUUUGAAGUCCAGCUUUCCCUAUCUGACCUGAACUAGUGUCCUUUGCAUGUGUUUGGCCCGUGUUCCUUCAGACCUUUUCUAUGCAUGUACCUGUCCAACUGGCAUUUAAAAGUGGAAAUUGCACCUGCCUUCACCCCUUCUUCUGAGAAUUCUUUCCUUAUACCCACUGCCUUCUGUGUGGGAAAACUUGCCCUUUAGAUAGUCUUUGAAUCUUUCCCCUCUCACCUUAAACCUAUGCCUCCCAGUCUCUCCUUGUAACUCAAGCCCUCCAGUCCAGGCAGCAUUCUUGUGAAUCCUUUUACAGCUAGUUCCUUUAGAGAGAGAACUAGCUGAAGUUUUGGGUCAAUAAUCCUUCAUCAGAUUCUCUGCUCGAAACUUGUGUUUCACUCUUCACGAAUCCCAUCAGAAUUGUUGAGUGUUUCUUGUAUUUUCUGCUUCCAUUUCAGAUUUCCACCAUCUUCAGUAAUUUGGUCAACGCGGCUUCCUAAACCCAGACUUCAGUCUGAGAUUUCCCUCUAUUAACUGUAUAUUCCCUCUAAUUUAGGAAGUAUGGAGAUUAUUUCAACAACAUAGUUUUCAGUUUACACAUUCUUUUAGGAAUGGGCAGUAACAUUUCAAUUAAUUUGAUAUUUUUCAAAAUUGACCAGAUAGUUAAUUUGAAAUUUCUUGACCAAAAAAAUGAAGUUCAAAAGACAGUAUAGUUUAUAAUUACAAUUUGUUGUGCCAAGGAUCCUUGGGAUGUGUUAGUGACUCCACAUUUGUAGAGCACAUAAAGGAGACAAAUUAAUCAAAACACCAGUGCACAUAGUGGCUUCCAAAAUCCAAGGCACAGACAGGACUUGCAACUGAAUGCCAGACCAACCCUUCGCAGAAUGUUGCUGAAAAGUGGGCAAUUUUUAUAAAUGGAAUGUAGGAUUAAAAUAAUGUUAAUUUGCUAAGAAGUAACUUUUUGGAAAGUAAAUGGUAUUCUCAGUGGGCUGAUCGAGUCUUAUAGGCCUUAGAUGACGGAAGCUAAGGCUCCAGUCCUGGAUGCUCUCAGACAACUCUGACUGUUAAGCCAGGAUGCAAAAUUAUAAUAUUUAUUCUUAGCGACAUAUUUAAACUAUAGAAGCUUUUAUUACAAAAACUAAAUAAUUAAACUUUUUUAGAUAUAGAAAUGCAUCAAAACACUAAGAAAUAAUUCCAAACUAUGGCUUAAAGUGACUCUUAGGAUUUUCUGUUAACUUACAGACUGGGAGUUCUCAUCCAAGUGAAUGGGGAUUCUGUUCCUACAUCAGGUUUGAUUGCUGGUGGACUCCCUGGUGUAAUGAUGCAGAAGUGCAGCACAUUGUGGUUGUCAGCACCUGCAGAGACCCACAUCAGUCGUGACCGACUCGUCUGGGUACAGCUCAGUGCUGGCAUUUCCCUUCAGGGCCACUGCCACUGGCAGCACAGGCCAACCCAAGAUAUUUAUGCCAUGGUUUCACAUUCAUUCAUGUGAUUCCUCAUGCAGUCUUAUUGGGAAAUUGUGCAUUUACCAGCAAAGAAGAUGAGUUAAAGACAUUACCAGAAUUUAGUCUUACAAAUUAAAAAGAAGCACCUUGUCAGUAGGAUGAUUUGGAGUAGACAGAGAAACUGGUCUGUAGCUGAGGAGGAAUCAUAGAUGAUGAGCGAAAAUAAGAAAAGUAGUUUCUAAACUUAUUUUUAAAGAAAAAACAUGUAUUCCUGCUUUAACCUGGAAGGUGAAAAGGAUUUCUGGUGUAAUUGACAGAGUAGUCAAUUACACCAGGGGUGGUAUGGUAGUGUAGUGGUUAGCACAACGCUUCACAGUACCAACAACCUGCGUUCAGUUCUCACCGCUGCCAGUUAAGGAGUUUGUAUGUUCUCCCCAUGACCGUGUGAAUUUCCUCCCACAGUCCAAAAAAGUACCAGUUAACAGGUUAAUGGAUCAUUGUAGAUGGUCCUGUGAUUAGGCUAGGGUUAAAUUGGGAAUUGCUGGGCAACGUGGCUUGAAGGGCCUAUCCCAGGCCGCAUCUCAAUAAGUGAAUGAACCAAAAAAUAAAUCAUAGUAGGAAUCUACCUCUCUGUGUGGCGGGUGGAGAUGCGUCUCUAUCACAGGAGGUGUAAGGUGCUCCUUCCUUCCAUUGGACUGCAGGUCACCCUUGGGCAAGAUGUGUAGCACCUGCUUAGUCCCCCAGUGGUAGUCACGUGAAGCCUUGGGAGCAGGUGGUGGAUAGUUGUUUGAGCAACCACUGACGCCAGGCAGACAAUCUCUGAAGAGUAUUGAUAAUGGCUGGGGUCACCCAUCUGGUAAAGGCACUAUCCAGAAGAUGGCAUUGAAAAAUUUGCCAGGAACAAUCAUGGUCAAAGACCGUGAUCGCCCAUGUUAUACGGCACAGCACAUAAUGAUGAUAUCAUACGACAUGGCACAUGAUAAUGAUGUGUAGGAAUCUAUGGCUAAACUGGAAGUGAAAUUGUGCAGGAGUUUUGGCAUCUUGCUUGACAUUAACCUUUCAUGACUAACAGUUGCUGAAGUUUUCAAACUUUAUUCUUGUCCCCAUCCCAGCUCUACAGCUGGCUGUUAAGGAAUUAUUUGCUUUCAAUUUGAACUUUGUAGUCCAAAUAUGUUUGCAAUGUGCUGAUGCAAACUGAGUCCAGCCACAGACCUAUGUUUUUGCUCUCUGUCUUGGUGUCCCUAAGCUGGCUGGUGGCGUAGCAGCAUCAGCACCGAACUUCAGAGCGAAGGCUCCCGAGUUCGAAUCCAGCCGGCUCCCUUGCACACUUUCCAUCCCAGCUGGGUUGAGCUUCGAGCUAGCAACUCGACCUCGUAAAAAUAAGAAAGCCUGCUAAGAAAACGCUGUCAUGACGGUGUUCUGAUGACUUCACUCAGAGUUAAGGGCUUUCUUCUUCUUCUUCUUCUUGGUGUUCAUUUAUAAUAUAUUUACAUCCUAAACUCUGAGAGCUGCAGUUUAUGAACUGUUGUGAAGUGUCAGGAAAUAAAGCUACCAGUUUAAGUACACCUUCCAGAAAUGGUAACUCCAACCCGGAAGCUUUCCAUCGUCAGUUCAGGGCUUGAGCUAAGUGAAGACUUAUUCACAGGGGCGGCACGGUAGUGUAGAGGUUGGCACAACACUUUACCAGUACCAGCAACCAGGAUUCAAUUCCUGCCGCUGCCUCUAAGGAGUUUGUCCGUUCUCCCCGUGACCGAGCGGGUUUCCUCAGGGUGCUCCAGUUUCCUCCCACAGUCAAAAGACGUACAGCAUUGGUAGGUGAAUUGGUUAUUGUAAAUCGUCCUGUGAUUGGGCUAGGAUUAGAUUGGGGAAUUGCUGAGUGGCAGGGCUCGAAGGGCCCAUUGCACGCUGUAUUGCAAUAAAUAAAUAAACUGCUGCCCGGUGACUAGCAAUGAUUUUGUUCAGGGUUGGUCUCGAAAGCCCCUAUUCAUUUGGCAAUUACCUAGUUGCAUUUCUUUCUCUGUUUUGAGCCCACCAAGUUGGUCCUUUCAUCUGCAGCUUUUGUUCUAAUGUGGCAUGAUGUAUUGCUUCACUGGCAUGUUCCUGUCUGUUACACUGCCCUUUGUUUUGGCGAUCCUUGAGUUUAACCGCAUGCUUGUGGUCCACGUGGUACCACAGAUUUGACCCAGCAGGCUUCUGUGGCUUGAACUGUCUCAGUGUAUCUUCCCACCCUGGCCCUGCAGAUAUGGACACAGGCUUGUAAUGGGUGUGAAGUUCCAAUGUGGUCUGAGUAUUGUUUGUAGUAGCAUAUUUUCCAAGAAAAAUUAAUGCCUCCCCCCUUUUUUCCUUUGCAAAAUGAAGUAGAAAAAAGAUCAUUGAAACUGUGAAUACUAACAUUAAUUUUCCUCAAUAUUUGUGGUGAGAAUUCACUGGGGCCUAUUGAUAAAUGUUGUUGUUUGCAAAUUUUGCUUGAUGGUAGAACUGUAACUUGUUUGUGACAUGAAUCAAGUGUACUCAAAUGAUAAUGAGUCCGUGGCCAAAAUGGUACAGGGUUAUGAAGCACAAUAUAUAAAAAAAAUCCUUCUUUCCUCUCACAGAUAGCUGGAGUGAAAAUGAUGCAUUCAAGGAAAUCUAUUAAUGAAUUGAAUCAACCAGCCCUUUGUUGACUUUUGUUUUCCAUUGCAGACCAUUUAAGAAUCAGCCACAGCCUGCAGGCCACAGAACCAGUUAUUCUUGUUUUUAUUUUUUAUUUUUUUUCCCCUUUUGAAUUUCCAUAAUUUCUUAUUCCUUUUCCUCCUUUCAUUCUUUCCUUGAGUAUUUUUCUCCUGUCUUCCUCAAUUUGGUGCGGUUCUUAACAGAUAAAGCCAAAAUACUGUAAUUUUGCGCGCGUUUCACACCUUGUGGAAGUUUAAUCUUAUUACAUUUAAAUAAAUUUGUAAAUCCCUGUAGAUUUUGCUGUCUUAAUUGGGACUUGCAUUUAGCUAUUAAAGUUUUAAAUGUCAUGGAUACAACUUUGUUGCCUGAAUAAGAUUACUUUCUUUUUCAAAUAACCAAUUCCAUUAGUCUUUUUGCCCUUUAU